AUGAAGAUUGCUUACGAUGAAACCCUAAAUCAAGCUCUUCCUCAAAGACAUACCAAUUCCACAAUCGACAUGUCCCAAGAGGGAAUCGCGAUCGAAGCUAUAAAACACGCUCUCAAGUCUCUGCGGAAGCGGCAUUUGCUGGAAGAGGGAGCUCAUACCCCUGCUUUCAUCGCUCUUUCGAGACCGAUUGCCUCUCAGGGCUCAGAAUGGAAAGAGAAGGCAGAAAAUCUUGAACUGGAACUUCAACAAUGUUACAAAGCUCAAGCUCGAUUAUCCGAGCAGCUUGUGGUGGAAGUGGCUGAGUCCAGAACUUCCAAAGGUUUAAUUCAAGAGAAAGAAGCCACAAUCACUAAUCUGCAGAAUGAGCUCACUCAUGAAAGGGAUGAAUGUUUUCGCUUAACUGCGCUUUUAGAAGAAAAGACUAAAGCUUUAGAUUUGGUCAUAAGUGAGAAUCAGGAAAUUAAAACCCAACUUGAAGAGAUGACUAUGAAAGCUAACAAUGCUGAGGCUGAAAAUAAGAUGUUAAUUGACCGUUGGAUGUUGCAAAAAAUGCAGGAAGCUGAAGGCCUUAAUGAGGUACUCUAA